AUGGAAUGCUUAAGUCCGGGAUCUUCUGGUUAUAAACCAGCUCCAUCAAUCUGGCAUAAAGACCCCGACAUUAGCAAUGAUCCCUUACUAAGCUACGUCGGGAAUCAUAUGGUUCAUGUCGAGGGCAUCAAGAUGGCAAAGUUCAAUGUGGAUCGCGCCGUAUACACUCUAGAGCGGAUGAUUCGUCUACCAGACGAUGACGUUCAAAGCCUUUGCAUUAACUGCAUUCCCGAUUGGAGCGCGCGGGGGGAUACCGCUUUAUAA